GCCCUGCCGAGCUCCCAAGACUGGCUGGACAUGGAAGGGCCCAGGACAAAAAGAAGUCGAGACACUAUCAAUAACUGCCAGAGGGGCAUCUCAGCAUCGCAAGUCACCAGCCACAGGCCCAGGCAACCAACUGCCAAUGGACAUCAAUCCUGACCGACUGACUCCUUGCAAUUGAAUUCGUUACUGGACCAACGUGGGGGGUUAAGAGAAGAGAGCCAGUGACGUGACGACUCCAUCAAUCACUGCGUGCGACUCGACUCGAACUCAAUCACCCUCCACCUACAUACCUCCCCUCGACCUGCGAGCCUGCGACCGUCCACGCCCAACGAUCCAUCCUCCCACACACGAGCCUCGAGCCUCAAAAAUGUCCGACACCCGCUCCCUCCUGCGCCAGCAGCGCACCGCCCGCCGCAUAACCCACCCCCACGCAUCCUACGCCGACUCGGGCAAGCUGACAUGCACCGUCUGCCGCGAGACCCUCAGGACCGACGCCCUCUGGGACGCCCACGCCCGCAGCGCCCCCCACCGCCAGCGCCUCCUGGCCCAGCAGCAAAAGGCCAGGCAACAACAAGGAGGUGGUGGUGGUGGUGGUGGUGGUGGUGGCAGGCACGCCAAUGACGGUGCGAGCGGGCCCGAAAAGUCUAAAUCCGGCAGCACGGACACCCCGAGCGACGAGGCCCUCCUGGCACAGAUCAUUGGCGGCGGGGUAGGGGCAGGCGCAGGCGCAGAGGGCGGGCAAAAGCGUAAACACGCCGAUGUCGUCGACUCCGACGUGGACAUGGAGGACGCCGCAGGCGACGAGGACGAGGCAGAAGACAGCAUACGCAAGAAAAGAAGCAGGCAGGACAUGGCCUCGCCCGCAGCGCCCACCGCAACAACAACCAGCAAUGGCAAGAAGACCCCGCCCGCCUCGUCCUCCACGUCCUCCUCCGCCGCCACGCCCCCGGGCCUCUCGCGCCGCACCUCAGGGACCCCGUCGCACGGCGUCGAGCUGCAGAUCCCCUCGCGGCCCGCGACCCCCAACGCCGCGAACGGGACGACGACGACGACGUCGUCUUCGGGGGCAGGAGGUGGAGGAGGGUCGACACCGAGGACACCGGCGGGGGCGGCGGGCCCGACCCGGCGGAGCCCGCUCAUACCGCAGCAGGAGGGGGGCUCCAUGCCGCCGUCGGUCACGUCCGCGCCGAGGAUGGCCUCGUUCGUGACGCCAGCAGCAACACAACAACCCGAACCCGCGGGGACGACAGCAACAGCGGCUACCACCACGACGACAACUGCCGCAGAGGAAGAAGACGAGGACUGGGCCGCCUUCGAGGCCGAGGUCGUCAACGCCCCUCCCCCAACCACAUCAACAACAAAACCCAACACCACAGCAGCAGCAGCAGCAGCAGCAGCAGCAGCAUACUCCCACGACGCGGUGAUAGCCGCCGCGCCCCUGACGGCCGCCCAGGUGGCCGCCAGGACGCGCGAGGCCGAGGCCGAGUCGCGCCGCGCGCGCGCCGACGCCGAGGAGGCCCGCGUCAAGGACGACAAGGAGGAGGCCGCGCGCGCGCUGGAGGACGAGUUCGAGGAGAUGGAGGAGCUCGAGGCCCGCGUGCGGCGGCUCAAGGAGAAGAGGGAGGCUAUCCGGCGGGGGAGCGUGCCUGCUGCUGCUGCUGCUGCUGCUGCUGGCGUACAGGCGGUGGGCACUGGUGGUGGUGAGGGCGCGGGUAUGCCUGCGGGCACAUCUGGGGUUGGGGCCGGACGGGCGGGGGAUGAGGAGGACGAGGACGAGGAGGACGAGGACGAGGAUGGCGAAGAGGACGAUGACUGGGCGGGAUUCAGGUUCAAAGCGUGA